UCAGCCAGUCAUCUGUUCAUCAUGGCAUUCAAUGGAACAUGGAAAGUGGACAGAAGUGAAAACUAUGAAAAGUUUAUGGAAGUUAUGGGUGUUAAUGUAGUGAAGAGGAAACUGGGAGCACACGAUAACCUGAAGAUCACAAUCCAACAGGAUGGAGACAAAUUCACAGUGAAGGAAUCUAGCACCUUCCGAACCAUUGAUAUCGUUUUCACACUGGGAGUACCAUUUGAUUAUACUCUGGCUGAUGGAACAGACAUGAAUGGCUCCUGGCACCUAACAGGAGAUGAACUGCUUGGAACAUUCACCAGGAAAGAUAAUGGAAAGGUGCUGACAACCACCAGAAAAAUAGUUGGUGAUGAACUUGUUCAAACGUAUUCUUAUGAUGGGACUGAGGCUAGCAGAGCUUUCAAGAGAGGCUAAAUGUUGUUCCAGUUCAGAAAAAAAAGAAAAUCCAUCAACAGAUAUAGAGGUUCCACAUCCCUACAAGUUGCUGACAAUGUGACCCUGCAAAAAUGUUGUUUUCCCAAGUGCAUUUUUUACUGAUAUACAAAAAAAAGCAUUGCUGGUUACUUUGCUGUAUAUAUUAGAGUUACAAUUGUUUAGAUAAAACAUGCCCAUAGGAUUGUUAUUUUCAUAUGCUGUCCACAAUAAAUGUGGUUCAUAGAAA